AUGGACUCGCACAGCAUUCCACCCGGGUUCGUGGGCAAUCUCUCGUGGGAGCAGGAAGACCGCCUGCAGCAGCUCUGGGCGCUCAUCCUACAGUUCGGCGAAGCACCCAGCAUCCUCGACCCCAUCAGCCCCGUCAGCUCGUCGACCGAAACCCAGCCCAAGGCGCCGUCGCCGUCCCUCCGCAGCCGGAACUCGUUCCUCUACCGCACCGAGUCGAACAUCUCGCGCCGAAACAGCACCCUCGCGUACCCGGCCCAGCAUGCGCGCCUGCUCGACAGCCUCCGCGCCGGCGGCAUGGCCACGUCGGAGAUCCGCGCCGCCAGGAAGUGUCUGGCGUCGUUGACGCCGGACGAGGUGCGAUUCGGUAUCGUCACGGCGGCGAAACAGGAGCCGCCUGAUGCGUAUCUCCUGCGGUUUCUGCGAUUUGCCAAAUGGGAUGUUAACAAGGCGUUUGUUCGGCUGUUGAAUUCCCUGCGGUGGCGCAUGAAGGAGAUGAAUGUUGACAGUCAGCUGCUGGCGAAGGGCGAGCUGCAUGCGCUGCAGCUGUCGCAGCGCGCGCUGGACCGCGAGGCGGCGGAGGAGGGAGAAGCGUUCUUGGACCAGUUGCGUAUGGGGAAGUCGUACGUGCACGGGGUGGAUAAGAUGAACCGGCCGGUGUGUGUGAUUCGCGUGCGACUGCAUCAGCCCGGGGCGCAGAGCGAAACGGUGCUGAACCAGUUCAUCACGCAUAUGAUGGAGUCUGUCAGGCUUCUGAUUACGCCGCCGCAGGAAACUGGGACAGUUAUAUUCGACAUGACGGGCUUCUCUCUUGCCAACAUGGAAUACGCCGCCGUCAAAUUCAUCAUCCGAUGUUUCGAAACAUACUACCCCGAGUUACUUGGAGUGAUGCUCCUGCACAACGCCCCAAAGAUAUUCUCAAGUAUCUGGAAAGUCAUCAAGGGCUGGAUCGACCCUGACCUCGUCAAAAAGAUCCAUUUCACGCGGUCCGUAGACGACCUUGAGCAGUUUAUAGCCCGCGAACACAUCGUGAGCGAACUAGGCGGCAACGACGACUGGGAAUACGAGUACACCGAGCCCGAUCCAGACGAGAAUGAAGUCAUGGAAGACUACAUGACGCGAAAUGUCCUCCUCGCCGAACGACAGGGAAUAACAGACGAGUUCCUUGCUGCUACAUCGCAAUGGAUCGCUGCGUCCAGGGCGAAGGACUCCCUCGGAGUAUCAGAAGCCAGUUAUUACCGUGCGGAGACGGUCGAGCAGCUAAGGACGAACUACUGGAGGCUAGACCCCUACAUACGGGCGCGAAAUUGCUUGGACCGGACUGGCAUUAUCCAGGAAGGGGGUAAGAUAGACUUCUAUCCCAAUUCCAAACCGCCUGUCCAAAUCCAAACGGCGAAGAUCUUACAAGUCGAACACGUGGAGCGGGCUCGGGUCAAGAUUGUUAAUGUAUAA